AUAGGUCGCCAUAUCAGGACCAACACGACCGCCUAGUUACUGCACGUCGUUGUUCAUUCGUCCCCUGAAGAGUCCAGGUGACUCAAGCAUUGGCGCGGUUCACGGCAGGUCUACAAUCUCACGUUUUGCAGCUGGGUGCUACGUCUGGCAGGUAUCCGCAAUGGCUUACGCCGCUGCUUCGUCGCCUUCGACCGUGAACGGCGACUCUCAAGCAAGUUUAAAACUUACUGGCUCUCUCCCCAAACCCCCAAAACUACAUAAUGUCAUCACUUCUGUUCCGCCCGCCCCUACUCCCUCUUCCGCACCGGUCUAUGCCUCUUCAUAUACGACUACACCAAACUCACUACGCCCUACCUAUAACUUCUCAAAUGCUUCCAGCCCCUCAGGCACCCCUCUACAAUCAGCCACUGACUCACUUCGUGGUCGAAUACCAUCUUUUCCUCUGAUACCUCCCGCCUCUCUUGAGCUUGGAGAGUCAAUCAUGGCUGUUCCUGGGAGUGCUAGCGCCUCCGGCUCGGGCGACGCGGUCGGUCAGGUUCCAAACAAAGGUCCAGGUCUAAUGCGCAGAAUAUCUCGGGGAGCCGCUAAUAAGCUCACUCGGAGACGGCAGUCCGCUUCGCAUAAUGACAAACGGGACCGCAGCUCUGGUCCCGUGACCAUUACCAUGCGCCGACGGAGUGAUAGCAAAACUGGACAAACUAGUUUCGAGAGCGCACUGGAGUCCAGUAACGAAGAAGAUAGCAACGACGCCCUGGAAUCUCUGGGAGUCUGGUGUGGCUCAGAAGCCUCCAGCUUGCAGAAUGAAAGCUUCAUGGCUACGUCUCGCAAUUCGGGUGCUGUGGCACCCAAGGUCGAUUCGGCGAUACAACGCGGCACGAUACUCACGAAGGUUACAAAGAAGCGACGGAAGCAAGUGCGAUUUUUCCUUGACCUUGAUGCUGGCAAAGUCUACUGGGAUGUUUCGAACCCGACAAAGCGUUUCUAUAUCGAUGACAUCAAGGAGAUCCGCGUGGGGGCCGAUGCAAGAAAUUACCGCGAAGAGCACCAGGUUCCACAGGAUGCCGAAAGUCGAUGGUUUACUAUCGUUAUUGCGGACGCCGAACGAUCGAAGGGACGAGCCGUGAAGACACUACACUUGAUCGCGCCCAACGACUAUAUUCUCGAACUCUGGACCACAACUCUUGAACACAUCUCCCGCUACAGAAUUGGUCUCAUGGCUGGCCUGGCUGGCUCCGGUCAGAGCGACGCGGUUUUGAAAGCCCACUGGCAGCGCGAGAUGACCAGAUUAUAUCCAAAGGGUCUGAAACCCGGUGAACUCGAGAGCUUAGAUUUCGGAGCAGUUGAGAGCGUUUGUCGCAGUUUGCACAUCAACUGUUCGAAGAACAUGCUCCGUGCUCAAUUUUCGAAGGCGGACAACAACAGCAAGGGCAAGCUAUACUUUUCUGAAUUCAGUGACUUUGUCGGUCGCUUGAAGGAGAGAAAGGAUGUGAAGGCUAUCUUCAAGGAUAGUGCUCUGGACCCCGAGGGCCUUACUGUCGAGGAAUUUCUGGCUUUCCUCCGCGACGUGCAACAGGAAGAUGUCGAAUCCGACCGAAGCUACUGGGUCUCCAUCUUUGACAAAUUUGUACGGAAGUCCAAACCGCGCGCACCGAGUCUCCCGGAGCAUUCUGAUAUCGCAGUUCCCCGCAUGGGACUUGAUGCUUUCACAUCUUUCCUAUCUUCUUCUUGGAACGGUGUAUAUGCGUCUCGCGCCCCUCAGUCCAGAUUCGACCGCCCUCUGAACGAGUAUUUCAUUUCCAGCUCGCACAACACAUACCUCUUGGGACGCCAGGUAGCUGGUGCCUCCAGCACGGAGGCAUACAUAAGCGCCUUGUUCCAAGGGUGUCGCUGUGUAGAGAUUGACUGCUGGGAUGGAGCGGAUGGCCGCCCUAUUGUCUCUCACGGAAGGACCAUGACUACUAGUGUUUUGUUUGCUGAUUGCAUCACUGUCAUCAACCGAUAUGCAUUCAUCAGCACGGACUUUCCUCUCAUUCUGUCACUCGAGGUCCAUUGCAACCCCGAGCAACAACUAGCAAUGGUGAAAAUCAUGAAGGAGACAUUCAAAGACCAACUGGUCUUGGAGCCUUUGCUUACAAACACGUUCGUCCUUCCCUCGCCGGAGGAGCUGAAGGGCCGCAUCCUUGUCAAAGUCAAGACAUGUGAUGAGACUCAAGGCGACAUGCGACAAGAAUCCACGAGCUCCUUGAUCAGUGCGGGUCGUAAACGCAGUUCGAGUUCUCCUUUCAUGCGCCCAGCAGUUCCUGAAUACCCAAUGAUUUCAAAUCUCCCUUCUCUUGCCGGGCCGUCCACGGCUGGCCCGGAUGGUAUCGAUGCAUUUAUAUCGCAAGACCGACGGUCUUUUACAACAACUAGCAUUAGCAGUGCUACAGAAGACAGUGAUGGUGCUUUGACAUCCAUGAGACGCGAACGGAAACGGCGCCAGAAGAGCAAAAUCACGAAACCUUUGUCAGACUUGGGCGUGUAUACCCGCGGUUACAAGUGGCAUAGCUUCUCGUCCCCGGAAAGUCAGCGGUACAACCACGUGUACUCAUUUGCUGAACGUUCUUUCGAGAGCAUCUGCCGCGAUGCUGAUGGCAAGGCCUUAUUCGAGAAGCAUAACCGCAAGUAUCUGACGAGAGUUUACCCAUCCGGCUUUCGCCUACGGUCAUCCAACUUCGAUCCUCUUAAAUUUUGGAGGCGCGGGGUGCAGAUGGCUGCCCUGAACUGGCAGACCUAUGACGUAGGAAUGCAAAUGAACCAGGCAAUGUUUGCGGCUGGAACUGACCGCACCGGCUACGUGCUCAAGCCCCAUUCCCUUCGUGCAGUUGAUCCUCUGGAUGAGGAUAGGAAGAAAGGUCUGGAGCGAAAGUUAAUUCGAUUCUCGGUUGAUGUCAUUUCAGCUCAGCAACUGCCUCGCCCUCGCACCCUUGGGCCCGAUGAUAAUAUCAACCCGUAUGUGGAAAUCGAGAUGUUCAGCGCGGAUGAUCGAGGUCAGAGCUUCGUCCUUGGUGAAGGGGGCAUGAACGCUUCUGCGCGGAACGGCAUGUCAGGAAUCGGCUAUCCGCAUCGCCGGCGCACGAAAAUCGAGCAGAGCAAUGGAUACAGCCCCAUCUUCAACGAUCGCUUCAAGUUGUCAUUAGAGACUAAGUACCCGGACUUGGUAUUUGUCCGUUGGACGGUCUGGAGCUCCUCGGAUGGCCGCAGUGCAGGAAACAACAACAGUGUUCAGUUGGCCACAUUUACAGCCAAACUCACCAGCCUUUCUCAGGGUUAUCGUUACCUGCCUCUCCAUGAUACAGGUGGCGAUCAAUAUCUAUUCUCGACCCUGUUCUGCAAGAUCGCAAAGGAGGAGCCUGUUUCAGUUCAACGACUAGAUGCCGACGAGCUCCGUGCAGAGCGAAUGGGUAUCCUUCGACAAAUCGGUCAAACUGUUUUCAAGCGGUCGUCAUCCACCGAACGCGACAGGGACGCUGGCUCAGACAAAGGAAACGAGACACCCCUCAGUCUGGAAGACAAUACGUCUCCCACUUCUCCGAUUUUGACACCAACCGUUUCCGCUGCGUCCACGUUGUCAUUGCCUCCUUAGGCUCCAUCAAAAGCGGUGCUGACUUUCGUUGCGAUGAUCGCGCAGCAGGCGCUGCGCUCCUCGCGGCCUCGUCGCCCCCAACGUCUCAUUUCGCCAUUACAUUGAUAUUUGUUUUAACCCGUGUGCAAGUAAAGAAGCGGUGUUCUGUCAGCUUUGGUUGUAUUUGUUUGCAUUCAUUAU